AUGAGUCUUUUGUCAUCGUUUGCGGCGGACUCCGCAUGGCCGCUGUGGGAUAGCGAACCCAUCGAUGGGGCAUUCGAACUCGACCUUUCACAAGGAACUAUCGAUCAAGGAGUUGUCAAAGCAGUUUCAAGACCAUGGUUAUUUGGAUACAAACCAACAGCGAAGUCAAACGGACGCGCGGUGCUCAUUCUGGGUGGUGGCGGCUACAUCGAGCUCAUGGUGGGCCGUGAAGGUGUCGCUGUCGCACGCUGGCUCGCUUCUCUCGGUUUCGAGGCCUUUGUACUUGUGCACCGAUUCCCGACAGCAGAAACAGGACCCCAGGCCCCCGUCGACGAUGCCAGACAGGCGUUGCGUCUGAUCGAAGAGAAGGCGGCGCCAGCGAGGUUAGCAUUGUGCGGUCUGUCCUCCGGCGGCCACCUUGCGUCCGCGCUGCUGGCCGAGUACCCGGCUUCAUGGGCGUCUUCUUCCGGGGCACCGGUGCCGAAGCCGGAGUUCGCCAUCAUUGGAUACGGACCUAUCUCUACCAAUGCCAAGGGGCACACCAUUAUUCCCAAUAAGGCACCCCUCGAGCCGCCGGCGAAGCAGGAGCUUUACGAUGUUGUCAUCCCCGAUCAGCAGAUUUCGCGCCCGGCACCGCCAACCUUUAUUGUGUAUUCUGCCAGCGAUCCCGUGGUGCCUGUGGUGAACGCAUACCGGCUUGCGCAGGGGUUGCAAGCAGCGGAGGGGUCUGUCGAGCUCCACGUUUUUGCUGACGCGCCCCACGGCUUCGCUUUGGACACUGAAGGGUUGCCGGUCUCGAAAUGGCCCUCAAUGGCCGAGGAGUGGUUACGGCAGAGAGGAUAUCUGGCAUAA